AUGCGAGUCCUUUUCUCCAAGGUCAAGCGCAAUCUCACAAACCACCUACUUUCUUCGCAGGUGGUCAGUAUCGGAGACCAUCACUAUGGCAUUAAGCUCUAUCGCGAAGGAACCGCUUCGAGCAUUAAGCUCUUGCUCCUUGAACCCACGCAUGAAGAAGUCAAGAUCACUGAGCGGCCCAUUCGCUCCAUGAUAGACACCUCCGCACUAUCUGGUCUGCGCCUCACCCCUUUCAACAAUCUUAUUCUCAUUUCAAUAACCUAUCAACGUGGCCAUCAGCUAUCUCGUGAUCUGCAAUUCUACCUUCUUGACCCAGAUGAAUUAAACGCUGUGCAUCUUAACUUAACUGGGGUCAGCGUUCCUGCACGCAACGGGUACAAUCUUUGCCAAGUCAAUGAGGCCCAGUUUCUUGUGUGUGGUGGAGUGACAGUUACGCCAGCAACGAAUCAACCUGGUACCGUCAGCGCAACGCCAAGCUCGACCGUGCUGGCAGACGCAUACCUAAUCGAUCUGCGAUCAAAUUCAAUUAUCAAGGCGGCCAACCUGCCGUAUCCUCUGCGCCGCUUUUCGUUGACAUAUGUACAGAAUCGAGUAGUGCUCAUUGGCGGCAGUCAAUACUCACAGAAGACGUCUUCUAACAUGGUUAUCUUUGAAUAUCUCGCCAGUUCUGAUCAAUGGCACAGGCUGUCACUCUUCAAGAUGCGCAGUGACCACACGGUUGCUGUAUUCAGGAACAACUACCUCCUGCUAUUUGGUGGCGUCGACGCAGGAAAGCUCUACGCCGAUCUUUGGCUCUUUGAUCUUCAGGAGAACAAGUGGCACUCGGUGACCAUAACAGGUCUUGCACCAUCCGAGGGCAGGUGUCUCUCGUCCCUCAUCUUUGAGCAGGACUUUUGCUAUAUAGUUUCUGGCUGUGGUACGCACAAGACGAUAUAUCUUGAUACGUACCGAUUUAGUACUAUGAGCCUCCGCAACGCACUCGGCAUACACGUUGAAGGCGGUGGUCAGUAUGAGGAUACCACCAGAUCCCUUGGGGCCUCCAUGGUUGUCGACGGAGCUGCAGCAGAGACAGUAAAACAGGAGCUACUCACGGUAAUUUCGAGUCUGAAGAAUAAGAUAUCAACGCUCCAGACAGACAUGGAAUCGAUUGUCCUCGAGAAUAAGCAGCUCAAGUCGAGGGUUUUUGAGCUGGAGUCUCACAUGAAGACGCUGGAGGGAUCUCUUUCAGACUCCCAGCUUCGUAGCACAAAGGCACAGCCUGCUGCUGAGCAGGAUACUAAGGUCAAUGAGGAGCCUUAUGAGGCUGCUGUUGCAGAGGGCAAGCUUCAUCCUCGCGACUUGGAUGUUGUGGCUGCAGAGCCAAGGGUGUCCACUAUUAGCUAUGCGCCUUUACACUCUGAUUCUCCCCUACCAGAUGAUAAGCAAGACAAACGGCCGGUUGAGGAGCCCGUGUCUGCCCCACUGGCAGCUCCUGACCACUCUGCUUCCUCAGACUUCAUGAAUGAGCAAGAUCAUCAGCUAUCUGCACGCGGACCAGUUGAGGAGCCUGUACCUGAAGCAGAAGAUGCCCCUCAUAUGGAAGAGAUCGAGAUCGAAGGAAAUUCUCCACAAACCAGGAUGGUCAGAGAGUUUGAGCCUAACGUGGAGGAACCUAUUCAUGACGAAGAGCACCUGAUGACUCUCGAGGAGCCUAUCCAUGAAGAGGAUCAUAAUAUGGCGCCUGACAGGCCACUUGAAGAAGAACCUAUUGAAGAGUCAAACCACCAUGAUGAUGAUCAAAAUGAGCAAGAAGCCCCUGCAGAAAUUGAGAUGGAGGAAGAGUCUCCUAGAGAGGUGUUAGGGGAGGUGGCCCCAGAACACUUGCAAGACCCUCUAUCUCCAGACAAACUAGAAGAGCCAUCCAUUGACGAACCAGUCGAAGAUCAUGCUGAGCACGACAAUGACCAACAAGUCCUAACCCUCAACGAACCGAUUCAGGAAUAUGAGCAUCCAGCGGCGCUCAAAGAAGCUCCCAAAGAGGAACAGUCUUCAGACACUCAAGGUGAUGGAGGAGUUCUAGAGGAUCCAGAAGACGCACAAGAACACUAUUCUCAUAAAGGCCCACAUGCAGACUCGUCGAGCAAUAAGGAUAUGCAAGAGGAUGAGCAAGAGCAUGAUGAAGCAUCGGUUAAAGAUGAAGCUCCAGAAGAACGGGCUGAUGAAGAACUCGAAGAAAGCAAGCACUCCGAAGAAGCGCCCAACAAGGCACUUGAAAACCUGUCCUCCCCAUCCUCCAAAGUUGAGGACAGAGAUCCUAGCAACGAGCUGGUUGAGCAAGUUGAAGAUGAACAGUUGGUCGAUGAGACCCCUGAAGAACAUAUGGAAGCGGAACAGUCGGGGUCGCACGAAUCCGCCAACCAGCAGCCUACCGAGGAAUGUGCUGAGGAGCCCUUAGAAGAACAACCAGAGGAGAUACUAGAAGAGCCCCUAGAAGAAGAACCAGAAGAAGCACUGAAAACGAUGCCAGACGAAAUGCCGGAAGAGAUGUUGGAAGAGGCGCCAGAGGAGGCACUUGAAAAACAAUUAGAAGAAGUUCCCGAUGAAGAGCAACUGGUUGAGGAAGAGCCGCUCGACGAUGACAAUCCCAAUGAGGCUGAAGAAGAGCUUAACGAAGACGCUCCUGAUGACGAGAAUCCUGACCUUGGUGAAGAGUUUCCAGACGAAGACCAGGACCACGAUGAUCCCAAUGACCCAAUGGAUGUACCUGAACAAGAAGAACCGGUAGCUGAGGAAGACAAUGAUGCAGCGAUCCCGGAUGCAUUGGAAGGUCUUGCAGAAGAUGAUCAGAAUGAGCCUCUGGAUGACGGGCCCUUGGACGAAGGGGACAGCAACGAUGAACUACUACCUGAUGAGGAGCAGCUUGAAGACGAGCCACUCGAGGAGGAUGAUGAUAUGAACGCAUCUCUCUAA